AAUUUUCGUUUUGUUCUAUAUUCGGCCCAUUUCAGCCCAUGGGUGAUCCUUUGAAAUUUCAGCCCAUGGGUGCCCAUUAAAAUUUCGGCCCAUGGGUCGAAUGGGCCGGGCCAAGCCCGGCCCAUUGAGACCUCUGAUAUAUAUAUAUACAUCGUUGAAAUUCUUUUUGAUUUUUCAUUUUCAAAUCGAUUUAUAGUUUAAUUAUCAAUUAAGGAAGAAUCUUUCUAAUACUUUAUUCUAUUAAAAACGAGAUUAUUUAUCUGUAGAAAUCAAGAAAAGAAAAUAAUAAUCAAUUUAUAAUUAAGAUAAAAAAUGCUUUUAUUGAAAAAUUUUUCUUCGAAUAUCAAUUAGAUUAUUUUAUAUAAAUAAUCUGUUAAAUAUUUAUUUAAUAAGAGAAUAUGAAAACUGUCAUCUUUAUUUCUUUUAUUUUAUGAAUGAAAAAGAGAAGAAAAGAAAAAAUUGAAAUGAAGAUAUUUUAUUUAAAUAAAUAGAUGAACCAACAACAGGUUAUAUUGAAUAAAAUUCUCUAUUUUAAAGACUAAUAUACAUUUAUUGAAAGGUGUUGAUCCAUAUAGUCGUCGUCAAAUGCGUCGUAUAUUUGAAUAUGCAUUAAAUAAUAAUCUAACAAUGAUAUUAACAUCACAUUCAAUGGAAGAAUGUGAAUUAUUAUGUUCACGUAUUGGAAUAAUGUCAAAUGGACAAUUUCAAUGUUUCGGAUAUAUUCAAGAUUUAAAAAAUAAAUUUGGAAAUACUUAUACAAUUAACAUUAAAAUAAAUCAAGAUGAUUAUCAUGAUUAUUUAUCUGAUUUAUGUAAUUAUUUUAAAAAAAAAUUUAUUAUUAAAAUUUAUCAUAAAACUGAAUCAACAAUUAUUUUACAAAUAAAUUAUUCAUCAGCAGCUAAAUUAUUUGAUUUUAUUAAAAAAAUCAAACAUAUUUAUCAUAUUGAUACAUUUAUUAUUCAACAAACAACAUUAGAACA